CAUUAUUGGAUUUUUUAAUUAAUUUAUUUCUCGCUUCACUUUGCUUUUAUCCUCUGUAGUUUCUAUGAAAAUUGUGUUUUAUCAAUUAUAAUUCAAACAGGGGCCAAAAUAACAAGCCGCAAAAACUUAAUUGUGCAAGUCAAUUUUCACAUUACGGGACUUCACUUGUGUUUCACAUGCAGUUUUGGCUAUAAAAUGACGUUCAUGCAUUGCUUAGAUUAUAUAAUGAUUACACUUUCUGGGUUAGUAUCUAAACAAGGGUUGGGAACUUUGAAUCUGUUGAGCAAAACAAUUCAUAAAAGUAUGGGGGGGUUUCUGUUUCUUGUCCUGAGUUUCUUGCUUUGUCAUUUUCCUUCACAAACGUCUUCAUUGAUUCCAUUUUGCAACCAUGAUGACGCCUCCGCCUUGCUUAGUUUCAAGAGCUCAUUUACUCUCAAUAGCUCUUCUGACUCUUCUCGUUGGUGUGAGUCUCCUUAUCCAAAGACAGAAUCAUGGGAAAAUGGUACGAAUUGCUGCUUGUGGGAAGGGGUGAGUUGUGACACCAAGUCAGGUCACGUAAUUGGCAUAGACCUUAGCUGCAGUUGCCUUCAAGGUGAAUUUCAUCCCAACACCACUCUCUUCAAACUCAUUCAUCUCAAAAAACUCAACCUUGCCUUCAAUGAUUUUUCCAAUUCUCCAAUGCCUAACGGCUUUGGUGAUCAUGUGGCUCUUACUCAUCUAAAUCUAUCUCACUCUGCAUUUAGUGGUGUUAUUCCUUCUAAAAUCUCUCAGCUCUCAAAAUUAGUCUCUCUUGAUCUCUCAUUUCUUGGAAUGAGAAUUGAAGCAGCAACCCUGGAAAAUGUCAUUGUAAAUGCAACUGAUAUAAGGGAGCUCACUCUUGAUUUCCUAAACAUGUCUACCAUUGAACCGAGCUCUCUAUCUUUGUUAGUGAAUUUCUCAUCCUCUUUGGUCUCUCUUAGUCUUGGAGAUACAGGAUUGCAAGGGAAGUUAGCAAAUAACAUACUCUGUUUACCCAAUCUUCAAAAGCUUGAUCUGUCUGUCAAUUUGGAUCUCCAAGGUGAACUUCCAGAGUUCAAUCGGAGCACUCCUCUUAGAUACUUGGAUCUCUCUUACACUGGCUUUUCAGGAAAACUUCCCAAUACCAUUAACCAUUUGGAGUCUCUUAACUAUUUGAGUUUUGAAUCUUGUGACUUUGGAGGACCUAUUCCUGUGUUUUUAUCUAAUCUGAUGCAACUAAAACACUUGGACCUUGGUGGGAACAAUUUCAGCGGUGAGAUUCCGUCAUCCCUUUCAAAUCUAAAACAUCUCACUUACUUAGAUCUUUCAGUUAAUAAUUUUGGUGGUGAGAUCCCCGAUAUGUUUGACAAGCUUAGCAAAAUAGAAUAUUUAUGCAUUUCUGGAAACAACCUAGUGGGCCAAUUGCCAUCAUCAUUGUUUGGGCUAACUCAGCUUAGUGAUUUAGAUUGUUCAUACAAUAAAUUAGUUGGCCCAAUGCCAGACAAAAUUAGUGGACUUUCUAAUUUAUGUUCUCUGGAUUUGUCAAGUAACUCCAUGAAUGGAACAAUUCCCCAUUGGUGCUUUUCUUUGUCAUCGUUGAUACAAUUAUCUCUUCAUGGGAAUCAGCUUACAGGGUCAAUUGGUGAAUUCUCUUCUUUUUCCUUGUAUUAUUGUGAUCUCUCUUAUAACAAGCUACAAGGUAAUAUCCCCAACUCAAUGUUUCAUCUACAAAAUCUCACUUGGUUGAGUCUAUCAUCAAACAACUUGACUGGCCAUGUAGAUUUUCACAAAUUUUCAAAUAUGCAAUUUCUAGAAAUUCUUGAUCUCUCUGACAAUAAUUUUCUUUACCUCAGUUUCAACAAUACUGAGGGUGACUACAACUUUCUCAACCUUCAAUAUUUAUAUUUAUCUUCAUGUAAUAUCAAUAGUUUCCCAAAACUCCUUAGUGGGCUAAAAUAUCUUAACUCUUUAGAUCUAUCAAGGAACCAAAUUCAUGGCAAGAUUCCAAAAUGGUUUAAUAGCACAGGGAAAGAUACUUUGUCGUUUUUGGACCUUUCUCAUAACCUUCUAACAUCGGUUGGGUAUCUUUCGCUCUCAUGGGCGACCAUGCAAUACAUUGACCUUAGCUUCAACAUGUUACAAGGAGAUAUUCCAGUUCCCCCAUCUGGAAUUGAAUAUUUUUCAGUCUCAAAUAACAAAUUGACUGGCCGCAUUUCUUCAACUAUUUGCAAUGCAAGCUACCUUCAGAUUCUCAACUUGUCUCACAAUAACUUGACAGGCAAGCUUCCUCAAUGCCUUGGAACCUUUCCUUACCUUUCAGUUUUGGAUCUGCGAAGGAACAUGCUUAGUGGAAUGAUACCCAAAACAUAUCUUGAGAUAGAAGCAUUGGUGACUAUGAAUUUUAAUGGCAAUCAAUUGGAGGGACAAUUACCUCGGUCUGUUGUCAAGUGUAAACAGCUAAGAGUUUUGGACCUUGGAGAAAAUAACAUACAAGAUACAUUUCCAACUUUUCUAGAGUCACUUCAACAGCUGCAAGUCCUUGUUUUACGUGCUAAUAGGUUCAAUGGUACCAUCAAUUGUUUGAAAUUGAAGAAUGUUUUUCCCAUGUUGAGGGUUUUUGACAUCUCCAACAAUAAUUUUAGUGGCAAUUUGCCAACAGCUUGCAUAGAAGACUUCAAGGAAAUGAUGGUGAAUGUCCAUAAUGGUCUGGAAUAUAUGAGCGGCAAAAACUAUACUUCCAGUUGCUAUGAUUCUGUGGUAAUCACAAUAAAAGGAAACACGUAUGAGCUGGAGAGGAUCUUAACUACUUUCACAACUAUGGAUUUGUCAAAUAACAGAUUUGGAGGAGUGAUUCCAGCAAUCAUUGGAGAGUUAAAGUCACUCAAAGGGCUUAACCUUUCCCACAACAGAAUCAAUGGUGUUAUUCCACAAAACUUUGGUGGUUUGAAAAAUCUUGAAUGGUUAGACCUCUCUUCAAACAUGCUCACAGGUGAGAUUCCAAAGGCAUUGACCAAUCUUCACUUCCUCUCGGUCUUAAACCUUUCACAGAACCAGCUGUUGGGGAUGAUACCAACAGGUAAGCAGUUCGACACAUUCCAGAAUGAUUCCUAUGAAGGCAAUCAAGGGUUAUGUGGGUUGCCUCUGUCAAAAUCUUGCCACAACGAUGAAAAAUUGCCAAAAGAUUCAGCAACAUUUCAGCAUGAUGAAGAAUUCAGGUUUGGUUGGAAACCCGUAGCUAUAGGAUAUGCAUGUGGAGUUGUAUUUGGAAUACUCUUGGGUUAUAUUGUCUUCUUCUUUCGGAAAACAGAAUGGUCAAUCAGUUUUGUUGAAUGCAUUCUUAAUCAAAGAAGAGCAACAGGUCUAAUGCAAAUACAAGACGAUACAAUCAAGGUCGUUAAAGGAACUGUGAAUCAGUCCACACUCGGAAUAUAUAGCAGGUGUCAAGUUGAUGUCCCAUAUAGUGAACGCCAUUUCAGUUGAGGUCAUUCUUCUACUCCAUUCUAUUUUUGUCGCUUUGGUGUUGCUGAACGUGAUGUUGAACAUGUUGAAAAAUUUUCUGUGACAAGUUUACUCUUUCAAUUCAUGUGUUGUAAUAAGCGUAUAAGUUAUGUAUUUUUUUACUUGAUCUUGUAUCACUUGUGUGUUGAAUAUCAGGAAUUUAUCUCCUUAGAUCUUUAGUGUACCAGUUAAAUUGCAUACAAGAACUUGUAGACUUGUAGUUUCCUUCAGUAUCUCUGACUGUAAACUUGUGAUCUAAGUCUUACAAGAAAACAUGACGGCCUCC